CGCGUGCUGACUGUUGCAUGCAACGGAGGUGUUUGAGCAGUGUGUGAUACCGAUUUUUACUUAUUCUGUUUUUUUUCAAAACAAAAAUAUAACGUAAUAUAUACGUUUAAUACCUUUUAUAAAUAUUUGUCUGUUGUUAUUGGUUAAAUAAACAAUCAAUUACGGUGGCGUUAACCCGUUCCAACGGGGCGGCCAAAUAAUUCUUCCCUCUUCACGGAAGGAAGUAACUUAAUAUUUAAAAAAAAAAAAAAAAAAUCGUAAACCAUUAUUAAGACACAAAUGAAGGUUCUUCCUUAAAGACUUGCGGCGGAGUAAAAUAAACACACCUCAGCAGUAAGGAAAACAAAGGAACGCCUUAAAAAAGAUUAAUCAUGGACAUCUCAAAGGCACCUAAUCCAAGAAAACUGGAUCUCUGUCGCAAAUAUUUCUUUGCUGGUUUCGCCUUCCUGCCUUUCGUGUGGGCCAUCAACGUUUGCUGGUUUUUCCAGGAGGCCUUCCACAAGCCCCCCUACCCGGAACAGAGCCAGAUAAAGAGAUUUGUAAUAUACUCCGCGGUGGGCACCUUGUUCUGGCUCAUAGUACUGACUGCUUGGAUAGUGAUAUUCCAGACGAAUCGCACCGCCUGGGGCGCCACAGCCGACUACAUGAGCUUCAUCAUACCCCUAGGUAGUGCUUAAGAAAUAACCCUAGAAAUAACUAACCUAUGAUAUUAAAAAAGACUUAAUCCCAAACAUAAAA